AUGCUUUGGAAAUAUAAAGACAAAAAAAGUAAAAGUAAUAGCAAUUGGAUAAUUGUGGUAACCAUCUUUCAGCCCUUGAAUUUACUUAUACUAGAGAGUACCUCUGAAUUCGAAGGGCUUCAAACCCAAACGUUUCACUCACCGAUACCAGAGAUGUGGUCAUCAAGGCUAAUUUUAUGCAAUUUAAGGCGAAUACGUUACGCGAAAUGUAAAGCGCAAAAUAUUAUAAUAAGACUGAUAAAAAAGCACAAAGGUGAAGAGCGCAACCUGAAAAACACUCCUGCAAGUGGUAAACAUAACAGCAUAGUGACGAGUGCAUUGGUUAUGAUGACAGCUAAAAAUCAUAUUUUCUGCAAAAAUUUCCAUGCAGUUAUGCGUGGCGAUAAGUGGAUUAGAGAAACUGCAGUGAGCAAGCAGCGAAAAACAACAGAGCAUACGGAGACAAAAUUACACUCACAAAGAGUAAGCAAUGUUAAAAAGGACAACACAAUUAUAACAACUGCAGGAAUUAUUAAAGCAAGUUUUGCCACGAGACUCAUUAAUUAUAAAUACUUGACUUAUACUCUUUGUGACGAAACUAACUUGAUAUCAACCACCCUAUCAUUUUUACUUUUGACCCACAGGGAAAAAUACAACAGAAGGAAAACGAAGAAGACCGACAACAAAACAACAUUUGAAGCUGAAGUAUUAAUUAAAAAUGAUUUUUGGCUACCUUUGAUAUGGGCAUUUAAACAAGUAAAUAAAUGCGAGAAAAACAUUACACGUUUACUCAAAGCGUGUCCAAACUUUGUUUUAAGUUUCUGUCAAUCCUCUCCACCACAAAGUACAUCGACUACUGGGUAUUUGACACUCAACAACCUUGCAAUCAACACUUCAUUAUCACUGCCUACAUCUGCAAACUGUUUUCCUUUUCCUUCCUUGUUACUUUACUUCCAAAUACGUGCUCGAAAUAUAACUGUUAAUAAUCACGUAGGUUUUUUUCAGAGUCAUUUUUGGUUGCGUUUCUUCAAGUCUUACCUAGCCACUGUUUACCGUCUUAGAAUUGCUAUAGUAAUGCAGUUGAUUCAAACUGUUAGUUAUUUUUUCUCCCUUCGCAUUCACCUGUACAGGCGGCAUGCUUUUGCUAUAUUCAGAGAUGGAGUAAAUAAAAAACAGUGUUUAAUUGUAGUAUUUACAAAUGUGGCUCAUCGCAGAUUAUCAUUCAUAGCAAUGGAGGAAUGA